CGGCCACUUUAGUCGCGAUGGUGAACGCAUUCGAGGUACAUUCGUAUUUCCGUUGCUAGUAGCGUUGAGUGAAUCGCAGUUCGUCGGCAUCUCUUUUGUCGCGCGUUCCAGUGUCACGCGUAAUCACGCCGCCCCGACUGUGUGGUAUUUUUGCGGUUACAUGCGGUGACGCGGUGUCCUCUAUUGUGUCGCUAUUAGCCGCCAAUCGGCGGCUGCUAAAGCUCGGUAGUAGUGUACGAGGGGUGUGUUGACAGUGACGGCACCGCGGUGCUUUCCGGUGCGAGUGAACGACCAAGUAUCAGAUAGUGCGAAUUUUCCGCGAAGUUUUAUUCCCGUACGGUACCGAUUGUUAUGCAAAUGCGCAAAAGUGUGUCUUCUUGAGUACUGGCGGCCGCUUACAGCUUCUUUCGUCCUCGCUCCUUCUUCGUCACGACCCUCGUGCGAGGGGGCAAUCAAGUGGUGAAGUGUGAAUAUUUUAUUUAUUUUCCCUGUGUGUGCAGUCUUUCGUCACGACAUUCUACGAGCGUUGUGAGUGAUUUUGGAGCCCCCUUGGCAGAAUGUGAGAGGUGAUAAUCGCUUAACAAAUCGUAGCUAAUCGGGCUGUGUUUCACUUUAUUGCAAAAUGAGGCGCACAUUUGUGGUGUUGUGGUCGGCAUGAUCGCUUGCGUCUAUUGUUCUAAUACGUGAAUGUGUGCGUGCUACAAGUGGACGUCGAGAGGCAAACUAAAAUUGCACCAGCUGUAUCAUCUGCUCAACAUCAACAUAAACAUCCGGGCGACCGAAUCACGCCGUCAUCGGAAGUCGAUAGUGUGCACGAAAUUAGCUUCGAUCUCAUAAACCUCGUCUUCUCCUCUUCACCAUACAUCCUCUCAUCCUCAAGCCUCUUGUUUCCUCGCCACGUCCGUAGGUCCAGAAUAGCCACCAUUUGACAGUGAUCAGAGCUAUCCGCCGGUUCGUCGUGAAACAGCGUGUGUUCGUAAUUAAUUGGCCAGCUUCCGUCAUCCUCCAGCCCUCGUUUCAGCAAAAAGCAAGCGCGCGCGCUCUCUGGUUGGAGUGUCAACGGAUAAAAAGUCAUAAUAAAUUAUUAAUUAAUUCGGUGCCACUUCUGCUGCAACUACUGUUGGUGCUGCUUAAUUUGCACUUGCGUCGCCUGUCGUUCGUUGGGGCGGAAAUCGAGUGGAAUCGGGUUGUGUGAAUGUGUUUUUGUUGCUCUCGAAAGCCCAGAUAGGAGAAUAAUAUCAAUUAUACGCGAAUCUGCCAGUGUUACAUGAAGAAGAAAAAGAGGUAGGAAAGUGAAGCGCAGUUAUACUACCUUGCAAGGGAAUGUGUAGAAGAAAAAAAUGGUCGGAGACAGACUAAAUAAGUGGCUUGAAUAGAGGAGAGCGAAGACGAAGAAGAUACGGAGCAAGAAAAGGAGUAGUAAACGAAGAGAUUCGAGCAGCUAGCGGGGAACCGGUGAACAAAAGGGAGUGGAAAUUGUCCGUUUUACGUUUAGUUCUGCUCGUAUUCUCGUGGCCAGUUUCUGCGUUUCUUCUUGUGCUAUUGAAACCUUGGAAAAACGGGAAUCGGUUUGGUGGGGGAAGAAAUCCCCAUUUGUUAUUGAAAUUUAGUUGAACGUAAUUUUGAAAGAAAGCAGAAAAAGUGGCACGCAAAAGUCGAAUGCGCCUAAUAAGAAAUAAUCGAUGUAUUCACUAGCAAUGCUGAACCAAAAAAAGGUAAAAAUCGAAUUGAAAAAUUGAAAAAAAAGUUAUCGGUGAACUGUAAGUGGAAAGCUUUUCAUUAAUAAAUUGAUUUAUAGUGAAGUGGUUUAUGAUGCGAAUGGGUUUUCAUCGUGAAGUAAUUAAUUGCUACACAAUAAUCGAUAAAUGAGGUGACGGUGGGGGAACGGAGGUUUUCCAGAAGGUGCAGAAAUUAUCUUUCAAUUUGCUUCGGCAGAUUGUUGUUUUCGGAUUCGUUUCUUCUGGAAGAGUAUGAUGCUGUGAAACCGGUUCCUAGUGCGAGAGAAAGUGGGUGGGGAGAAGUUCACAGGAGUGAAGUAGAAAGCCAUUUGGUAGUGUUUGGUACUGAGCUAAGCAACGUUACGUCGUGAAGGAAAGGAAUAUAAAUCUGAAGAAGUGGAGGAACGAAGAGACGUUGACAUCAGUGGCGCAACUAUACUGUCAUAUUUUAGAAGGAGUAAUAUAGUUUCCGCACAAUGUAUCCUGCCCCGGCAAGACAUCCUUCUGUUGCGGGCCCACCCCCACAGGGACGACAAUUCACAAUUGCGGAAACGCUCGAGCGUAUAAAGGAGGAGUUCAACUUUCUCCAGGCACAGUAUCAUUCAUUGAAACUAGAAUGUGAUAAACUCGCCAGCGAGAAAACUGAAAUGCAGCGACAUUAUGUCAUGUAUUACGAAAUGUCGUACGGUUUGAACGUGGAAAUGCACAAACAGACGGAAAUCGCCAAACGCUUAAAUGCCCUCAUCGGGCAGCUGCUCCCCUUUCUGGCUACGGAACAUCAGCAGCAAGUCGCACAGGCCGUGGAACGGGCGAAACAAGUCACAAUGCCAGAGCUGAAUGCCAUCAUCGGGCAGCAACAUCAACAGCAGGGAAUUCAGCAACUCCUACAACAGAUUCACGCACAACAGAUUCCCGGAGGACCACCCCAACCGAUCCCAGGGCUGGGAGCGCUCGCUGGCCCUCUGACAGCGUUCGGUGGCCCCAUGGGACUGCCACACGGGGCGCCCCAAAGUCUACUCAAAGCACCGCCCGACCUGCACCGGGAGGACCUCAAGGUGCCCCUCGGAGGACCGUCCGUCGAGGAACGAAUGCGCAGCUCCGUGUCCCCUGCUGAACGAGAAAAAUACCGGGCUAGGUCACCCCUCGAUCUGGACAAUGAAGUCAAGCGACGGAAAGAGGAGAAACUUAACCAUGAAAAUGAUGGCGACAAGGGUGAGCAGGAUUUAAUAGUGGACGUCGCGAACGAAACGGGAACCCCAUCACCACGACCAAACGGCGAUCAUGCGUCGUUGGAAAGCAGAGAUCGGGAUAGUGUUGGUUUAAACGGUGAUAAAGCCGGGUCCAGUAGUCUGAAAGGUGCAAAUGAUCGACCUCCUUCGCGAUCCGGUUCCAGCUCCUCCCGCUCGACACCAAGCCUUAAAACGAAAGAUCUCGAUAAACCAGGAACUCCCGGUGCGAAAGCACGAGUUCCAACGCCUAACUCAUCGACCCCAGGCGUACCCAAAGCAGUAGUACCUCCGACAGCGGCCGGCUAUCCGGCGUCACCAUAUCAGCGACCGUCAGAUCCAUACGCGCGACCACCACCGGAUCCCUAUGGCCGGGGUCCGAUGUCAUUCGAUCCUCACGCCCAGCUGCGAACUAACGGAAUCCCUUUACCCGUCUCGAGUGGUAAACCUGCAUAUUCGUUUCACGUGAACGGUGAAGGAGGGCCCCAACCUGUGCCGUUUCCUGCGGAUGCUUUAACCGGUCCAGGUAUCCCACGCCACGCUCGCCAAAUCAAUACCCUCUCGCAUGGUGAAGUGGUUUGUGCUGUCACCAUUUCCAACCCAACCAAAUACGUGUACACCGGUGGUAAGGGAUGCGUCAAAGUUUGGGAUAUUUCCCAGCCGGGGAGCAAGAGUCCCGUCAGUCAGCUGGAUUGCUUGCAACGUGACAACUACAUCCGCUCGGUAAAACUUCUACCCGACGGACGGACACUGAUCGUGGGCGGAGAAGCAUCGAAUCUCUCCAUCUGGGAUUUGGCGAGUCCGACGCCAAGAAUCAAGGCUGAACUAACCUCGGCGGCGCCGGCCUGCUACGCCUUAGCCAUCAGUCCCGACUCCAAGGUGUGUUUCUCGUGCUGCAGCGAUGGACACAUUGCCGUAUGGGAUUUGCACAACCAAACGCUGGUGAGGCAGUUCCAAGGUCACACCGACGGUGCGUCCUGCAUCGACAUCAGUCCCGAUGGGGUGCGCUUGUGGACCGGUGGGCUGGAUAAUACUGUCCGGUCGUGGGAUCUGCGCGAGGGACGACAGCUGCAGCAACAUGACUUCAGCUCGCAGAUCUUCUCACUGGGAUAUUGUCCGACAGGUGAUUGGCUCGCCGUCGGAAUGGAGAACUCACAGGUGGAGGUGCUACAUGCAACCAAGCAGGAUAAGUACCAGCUGCAUCUACACGAAAGCUGCGUGUUGUCGCUACGGUUUGCCGCCUGCGGAAAAUGGUUCGUUUCGACGGGCAAAGAUAACCUGCUCAAUGCUUGGCGUACACCGUACGGCGCUAGCAUAUUUCAGUCCAAGGAGACCUCGUCAGUUCUCAGUUGUGAUAUUUCCACAGACGAUAAAUACAUUGUCACCGGCUCCGGCGAUAAAAAAGCCACUGUCUACGAAGUCAUCUACUAAACUGCAACCCUCGUUCCUCAGUGCAAAAUCGAUCAUCAUUAGCAUUUACACUCCUCGCAGCAGCAUCAUCGAAAUCGUGAUGAUCGUCAUUUGGUUCGUACUUUUGAAGUUGUUUUUAAAGAUUAGUUUCAACCCAGA